AUGAUAGCAAUGUUGCUUCUGCUCAUUAUUUGGCUGCGGAAUCCUGAAAAUGACAGCAAAGCACAAAGUGUUGCAUGUACCAUAACUGAUCCAUUCCAACUUGCACACAAGUAUUAUCAGGCAGGGGACCUAAUCAUUGGAGCAAUUGCUACUCAAUAUGGUUACAUGGUUGAUGAAAUAUCCUUCAGUGAACACCCCAAAACAACAUUUAUCAAUGAACUUCUUACAUACCCAAAAAACUACCAGCAUGUCCUCUCCUUAAUAUUUGCUUUAAAGGAGCUCAAUGAGAACCCCAAGUUCCUACCAAAUAUCAGCCUGGGAUUCUACAUCUAUGAUAGUUACACAAAUGCACGGAUGAUUCAUCAGAACACCCUGAAAUUGCUUUCCAGUUCAGAAAAAAUUGUUCCCAAUUUUAAAUGUGACAAGCAAAAUAAUUUGGUAGCUGUCAUCGGGGGACUUGACUCAGAAAUCUCUCUCCAAAUGGCAACUCUCUUAAGCAUUUACAGGAUUCCACAGAUUGCCUAUUGUGUAUUAGCUCCACUGGUGGGAGUUAAAAACCAUCUCCCUUAUUUCUAUCGAAUGGUCCCCAAUGAACAACAUCAGUACAGAGGGAUUGUCCAGCUACUUCAACAUUUCCAAUGGACGUGGGUUGGGAUAAUCACGUUGGAUGAUGACAAUGGAGAAAUAUUUCUGAAAACCUUGGUACCAAAGCUUUCUGAACGUGGAAUCUGUACUGCCCACAUUGCAAAAUUACCAUGUGCAUCUCAGAUUAUAGAAGCAGUCCAAUCAUUUCAGAACUUAGAAUCUGAAGAACCGAUUCUGGCCACUGCCAUUUCACUAAUGAAUGCCAAAGUCAAAAUAUUUCUUAUCAAUGCAGAACCUCUGACCACAGCCGCUGUGAAAUGGUUUUUGUAUAUAUACACAGUAUUAGAAGAUGUUCCACUGACUUCUAUAGGUAAAUUGUGGAUCAUGACGGCCCAAUGGGAAUUCUCCUCUGAUAACAUGCAAAGCUCUUUUGAUGUACAAGUCUUCCAUGGUGCAUUGUCUUUUGCAAUUCACUUCACGGAAGUGCUGGGCUUUCCAACAUUCCUGGAGAGCAUAGAUCCUAACUCUUCAAAUGGAGAUGGAUUUCUCAGGAUCUUCUGGGAACAGGCAUUCCGCUGCUUAUUUUCUGAUAGUGAUGUGGUCACUGAGGGCCAAGAGCUUUGCAGUGGCCAAGAGAAGCUGGAGAGCCUGCCUGGGGUUCUUUUUGAAAUGGGCAUGACUGGCCAAAGCUACAGCAUCUACAAUGCAGUCCAUGCCAUAGCCCAUGCUUUACAUGAGGUGAUUUCAUCCAGGCCCAAACUCAGAUCAAUCAUGGGCAAUGGCAGACUGGAUCUUCCGAGUCUCCAACCUUGGCAGGACGACUUCCAUUCUAGCUGGAUACAGACAAUUGAGGCUAAAAUGGCUACACUGGGCCUCUCCACCCUGACCCUGCUCAGCAUGGGCUAUGAUCAGCUUCUCUCUUCCUUGAAGAGCAUCUCAUUUAACAAUAGCGCUGGAGACACAGUGUCCUUUGAUGAGAAGGGUGAAUUAGUAGCUGGAUUUGAUAUUAUCAACUGGGUUACUUUCCCAAACCAAAGUCUCUUAAGAGUGAAAGUAGGAAGGAUGGAUCCACAGGCUUUACCAGGCAGAGAAUUCAUCAUUAAUGAGGAGGACAUCACAUGGCAUAGCACAUUUAAUGAGCUGGUACCCAUUGCUGUGUGUAGUGACCAAUGCCUUCCAGGUUAUCGCACAGAGAAGAUGGAGAGGGAGCCAUUUUGUUGCCACUACUGUGUUCCAUGUCCAAAUGGGAGGAUUUCAGACCGGAAUGACAUGGAUGACUGUUUCAAAUGCCCAGAAGAUCAAUAUCCAAACAGAAACAAAGACCAAUGCCUUCCCAAGAUGUCAAACUUCCUCUCUUUUGCUGAACCCUUGGGGAUCAUUUUGAUUUUCUUAGCUCUUUCUUUUUCUCUGAUCACAGCUUUGGUGCUAGGAGUUUUCAUCAAGAACCAGAACACACCCAUUGUCAAAGCCAACAACCGGGGCCUCACUUACUGCCUCCUCAUCUCCCUAUUGCUCUGCUUCCUUUGCUCCCUGCUCUUCAUUGGCCGGCCUCAGGCAGUGACCUGCUAUUUGCGACAAACAGCUUUUGGCAUCAUCUUCUCAGUGGCUGUUUCUUGCAUACUGGCAAAAACCAUCACUGUCAUUCUGGCUUUCAUGGCUACUAGACCAGGAACCAGGAUGAGGAAAUGGGUGGGGAAAAGGCUGGCCAGCUCCAUUGUCCUUUCCUGCUCCCUAGUUCAAGCCAGCAUUUGUGCCAUGUGGCUAUCAACUGCUCCUCCAUUCCCAGAUCUUGACAUGCACUCUCUCCCUGAAGAAAUCAUUGUGGAAUGCAAUGAAGGCUCAGUCAGGAUGUUCUAUUGUGUCCUGGGAUACCUUGGAUUUCUGGCUAUUGUCAGCUUCACUGUGGCUUUCUAUGGCAGGAAGUUGCCAGAUAGCUUCAAUGAAGCCAAGUUCAUCACCUUCAGCAUGUUGAUCUUUUGCAGUGUUUGGUUGUCCUUUAUUCCAUCUUACCUGAGCACAAAAGGCAAAUAUAUGGUGGCAGUUGAGAUCUUCUCCAUCUUGGCAUCUAGUUCUGGAUUACUGAGUAGUAUAUUCUUCCCCAAAUGCUACAUAAUUAUCAGGAGGCCUCAGUUGAACACCAAGAACCAGCUAAUAAGGAAAAAUUAA